CUCGGCCCAGAGGAACGACCGGGCCGCGACUAUGAGUGAGGCAGAAGUGAAUCCCAAAGCUUACCCGCUGGCUGAUGCACAGCUCACCAAAACACUCUUGGAUCUUGUGCAGCAAUCCUGCAACUAUAAGCAGCUACGCAAGGGAGCCAAUGAAGCCACAAAAACACUGAACCGAGGGAUAGCGGAGUUCAUUGUGAUGGCAGCAGAUGCAGAGCCCUUGGAGAUCAUCCUGCACCUCCCUCUCCUCUGUGAGGACAAGAACGUACCUUACGUGUUUGUGCGCUCCAAGCAAGCUCUGGGCCGGGCCUGUGGCGUUUCCCGGCCUGUCAUCGCCUGCUCCAUCACCAUCAAGGAGGGAUCACAGCUAAAGCCUCAGAUCCAGUCUGUCCAGCAAGCUAUAGAAAGACUGUUGGUUUAAAUACCCGCAAGUUUGUGUGUGGAAUAGGAAGGUGGAGUCAGAGGGAAUUGAUGUCUAGCUUCAGUUGAAAUUAUAGUUUUGAUACUUGUGUUUCAUUUCAAAACACCACGUGAAUUGUUUAACUAUGGAUUAAUUCUUAAGUGUUUCUGCCUCUCUUCCCCCCUAUUUUCUGUUACUCCAUUCCAACACAUUCAUUCUCAUUGUAUUACUUCUUGAAAAGUGAUUUUACAACUGUAUUUCUUAUAUUUGAUGUUUAAAAGGAAAAAAAAUCCCAUCCUUAUCUCCAUGUGUGUCUGCUCAGGGCUUUUUUAACCCUCUGAGGAGCUUCCUAUGUGUUGCAGAAUUUCUGUUAAGCUUCAGCCUCUAACAGGUGUGAGUAACUUUCUGAAUGGUUGUCUACUGAGGGUAAGGUGUGGUGGUUCCUGCAGUGGUGCGUGCAGGCAGCUGGAGUUUUCAGUGAUGGAGCAGCCUAGAAUUGUUGUAAAGCAAACAGCAGCUACUGCAUAGCAGUGAACAGAGCCAAGGUCAGUACACAUAGCACAACCUUUUUGCUUCUUGAAGCCAGAGAAGAGACUUCUGUAAGGGGUGCACAGGGAGCAGAAAUCUUACAGCUGUGCACAAAGGGAAAAUUCUUAUCUCACUUAUUUUUGAAUACUGACUUUUUAAGACAAAUAAAAUUGCUGAUGAAGCCAAAUGUAAUUGUGAUUCCCUUGGCGAAGCAUUUGCAAUUCACUGAAGCGUUCCUAGGUGUAAAGCUGAACUGCUCAGAGAUUGCCUAAAGGCCAUAGCAGUGCAGUAGAAGACAUGGCCAAGACAACAGAGAGCAAGUAAUUUUUCAGAGGAAUCAACCUGUGCUUCAAGAAGAGAAUGCCAAAUAAUGUCAUGUUGUGGAAAAGCAUGAAGCACAAUAGUGUUCUGGAUUUGUAGUGGUUUUGUGGAGCUAGCCUUAGUUAAAUGCAUAUUGUAUAAAAAAAAUCCACUUUCUGCUCUGAGCAGGGUAGUAAACUUCUGUGUUGGAAUGGGUUAGAUCAAACCUGUCCUCUAUUGCAGGAAGCCAAAGCAAAGUAAGCAUGGAAAGACCAAUAGGUUCAACAGCAGAAGGGAAAAGUAAGUUCUGUAAUGUUUCUCCAGAGGCACUAACUUCAUACCUGUAGUGCAUUCAGACUAGAUUAAAUUGGCUCACCAGAGACUGAAGAAAAAUCCCAUCUGUAUUUUUCUAAAUGGCUGGUAACAGUAAUACCCUUAUGGAUGUGAACUUAAUACAAAGAUUGAGUCCUUCUAUUUGUAUGAGGCUUGGAAAGGCUGCUGUGCCUUUCUACUGAUGCUGACCGUUCAGAUAGUUGUGUUUAAAACUAUGACUUUGCCAAGGAGUUACCUUGUUGUACCAUGCCAAGACGGUUGAUGUAAGACAAAGCACACAAGGAGCAGAAAUAAAGGACUCUUG